AUGAUCGAGACUCGUGUUCUUAUGCCAGACUUAUCUUUCCCAAUCUCUUUUACGCUUGCGUCUACAUUUAUUCACGUUAUUACUUUCCACCUUCUUCCAUCGCUAUCCCUUUUUCUAACUCCAUUCACUUUCAUUCUUUUAUUUUUUUUGUCACUUCUUCACUAUCUGUCCUCACUUCUUCUUCAUUCUCCCUUUGUCUAUAUUCUUUCACUUUCCUUCUUCCUUUCUUGUCUUUGCCUCGAUCUUUCCAACUCUCUUUCUUGCUUACCUCUACAGACAUUGACUUUCAGUUUUCAACUUUCGACUUCGCUCGUUCCUUAUCAUUCUUUCUAUCUUCAUUUUUAUUUUUCACUUCUUCGCUAUCUACCCGGCCCUCUUCCUCAUUUUCCCUUUGUCUUUCAUGCUCCUUCUUUCUUUGUUUCUAUCUUCCCCCUCUCUUUACUCCUCUCAAUUUCUCUAUAUUCAUUCGCUUUCCUCAUUAACUUCUUCGUCAUAAUUUCUUUCUCUUCUCUUCUCCCUUUUUGCUUUUCUUUCUUAAUUCCUGUUUUAUCAUUUCUUUCUUCUCUUCUUUGCUAUCUAUCCGCCCCUAUUUCUCAUUUUCCUUUUGUCUUCUUUAAUGUUCCUUAUUUCUUUCUUCUCGUUGUCUCCCUCUUCCCUCCUCUCUUUAAUCGUCUCACUUUCUUCAUAUUCAUUCGCUUUCCUCAUUCACUUCUUCGUCACCAUCUUUCCUCUUCUUUUCCUUCUUUUUGCUUUUCUUCCUUAAUUCCUGUUUUAUCAUUUCUUUCUUCUCUUCUUUGCUAUCCGCCCUUCUUUCUCAUAUUCCCUUUGUCUGUCUCCUUUCACCUUCCUUCUUUCUUUCAUCUAUUUGUUUCCCGCUUCUCCCUCUAUUUACUCCUCUCACUUUCUCUAUAUUCAUUCGCUUUCCUUAUUCUUCUUCACCAUCUCUCCUCUUAUAUUCCUCCAUUUUGCUCUAUUUUCUUUCCUUCCUCUUUUAUCAUUCCUUUCUUCUCUUCUUCGCUAUCCUCCCCAUAUAUUCUACCUUUUUGCUCUUCAUUCCCCCCUCACUUCUUUUGUUCUUCUCAUUCUUUCUCUGUUCUCAUUCUCUUCCUUUUCCUUUCUCCGUAA